AUGAAAUCAAAUUCAAAUGCAAUCGGCGUAAUGAGCCGAAUGGAGUGAUUCAAAGCAGCAGAGCGGGUUUUUGAGAAAUUUUGCACAAAUAGGGAAAAUCCACUUGAAAAAAUCAGUAAACAGAAAUUUAUUGAUGAAAUAAAAAAAAGCUCAACAAGUUUUAAUUUACAAGACGAGCAAUCAUAUAUUUUAUUUUCAAAAUCAAAAUUUCUAUCCUUAAAUGAUAUUUUGUCAGAAUUUGAAACCUUAAAACAAGACAUGCUUUCAUGAGACCAAAUUCUUGACACUUUAAUCAAAAUAAGCUCUUUUAAACGAAAAAACAAUUUCGAAGAAAACAGACCUCUUCAAUUGAUUUCGUGCAUACGAGAUAUCAAUGGCUUUGAUAAAGCUUCAGAUACAACAGACACAAUUGAGCAAUUAAGCAGCAUAAUAAAUUGUACCAAUACAAAAGAAACACUACAAGCUGAGGAUAUUUUCUCUUUAAGAGAUUUUCGACCGCCACAAAUUGAAAAGAAUAAAACAUUCUCAACUGAUGAAAUUCUAUUAAGCGGACUGAGCACUUUGAAUAAAAAGUCAAAGCAUGAUGAGCCGACAAAGCAAAACUCAAUAAAUCUUUCCUUUCAACUAGAGAAAUUGACGUUUCCAAAUUCAUUGAUAAAUGAUGAUCUUCUUUAUUUAAAUCUAUCAGGAAACUCAAUAUCUUUGAAAGGCUUUGAGCUACCUAAAUCAUUGAUUAUUCUGAAUUUAAGCACAAAUGAAAUUGAAGAAUUUGAGUUGUCUAAGUCUCAUCAAAAUCUCAAACUCUUAAACUUAGGAAAUAACAAAAUCCACACUCUUAAAGGACUUUGAAAGGUGAAGAAUCUCACAGAGCUAUACCUGAGCUGCAAUUCGUUAAAAAAUGUAAACAGUUUAUGCCAAAUUGAUAAGCUUGCACUACUAGAUAUAUCUAAAAAUUCAAUAGAGACUCUUGAAAGUAUUGCAACUUUAUCGAUAAUGCAAAAACUCACCACGCUCUCUGUUAAAGGUAAUCCUAUUGAAGCAAGAGAGAAAAUCUACGAAGAGAUCAAAAUUCUGCUACCAAGGCUUACAGUAAUAAAUCCAGAAGAUUUUAUUUCCUUUUCAGAAUUUUCCAACCUAAAAUCGUUCGCUUUCACAAUGACUCCAGACAAAAGGCCUCCAAUUACAAUAAGAAUGAAGCAAAACUUGUUAAAACUUCCUCUCCCUACUACAAAAAAUAGUGAUAUUAACGAAAGUCCUUUAUCAAAUACAAUUAGGGCUAAUGAAAAUUUCGAGUCGCCUUAUAGAGAUAUGACAAAAGAAACCCCAAAAUUUUAUUUUGAAAAUGGGAAAAUUCAAGCUGAUAUUGAAACUGUGAGAGCUCGAUGCUCACAAACUCCUGUAUCAAAACCCCAAAAAUUAAAUAUUCCUACUAAGAAAAGAUCAAACUCUAUCGAAAGGAAUCAAUCGCUUACAUCAAGAGUUCCGUUAAAAGAAAAAAAAUCGUAUAAAACAUUUUCCCCAAAUACAACUUGUCCAAUUAACCUUGUUAAACAAAUUAAAGCAAAUAAUUAUGUAUAGUCAUUUAUAACAUAUAAGAUCGAUGUCUUGAGGAUUUUAAUUGCAUUUAAUAUUGAAAUAAAAGGAGGAUAGAUGUACUUGAUUUUAUAUCAGAAGCAGAAAAUCGAGUAAAAACAAAUUCAUCAGACAUGGAAUCGACCACUUCACUUUCUUCGCAGCGAUCAAGAAAUUAUAGCACCGGAUCUGAGAAAAAAACAUAUGGAAACCCUCAAUUAGCUUUAAUGAUUGGCCCACCAGCAAUCAUAUAAAUAAAAUAGUGUGGAGAGCCAACCUGUCCUUUUAUCACAUGUAGUCAGACAAGAGUCUGGGGACCUUGUGGUAGGGAGAGCAGCAUUCGGUAUGUGCAUCCGGCUGGGUUUUACUUGGUCUGCUGGAGCGCAAAGUCGGGCUAGCUAAAGGUUUACCCCGAGAAGGAUGGAUUUUGGAAGUUUGAAAGGGAUAGCCCAGUAAGGCCAGAGGGUGUUUCUCUUAGCCAAUCGGGGCAUUUUCCCUGCUCGUUAUUGGGAGUUUAGCCCUGGGUUAUAAGAUUCAUCCGGGCUGAUAGCCUGACCAGAAAAUUUCCUUUUCGAAUUUUCGGAAAAGGCAGCCUCGUCGACUUACAGCACGAUUCCCAGCGUCUCUGACUUCGGGUAGCAAGUGCAGGUUCUUGUCUGUAGGAAGCAACACAAGCCUUAUGCUGCUUAAUCAGACUGGCGAUAAGGGGAAGGUGCGAAUCAAGUGACGUCAAAAAGCUUUUUCAAAACUUGCCAGGAGUUUCUCUAUAAAGCUUAAUAAAUGAAUAGCCCACCAGCAGUGAGACCAUACAAUCAUAAAAGAAGACCAAAAAAAUAA